AUGAAUUAUUUAGUAUUAAUAUUAGUAUCACUUGUAUCAAUUUAUUUCUUAUUUAUUAAAAAUCAAGAUAGAAAAAAAAAAAUAAAUAGUAAAAUUCCAGGUCCAAAAGGAUUUUUAUUUGGUAAUUUAAUAGAAUUAGCAAGAACUAAAAAGAAUUUACAUUUAAAAUAUUUGGAGUGGUUUGAAAAGUAUGGACCGGUUUUUAGAGUUUCUAUUGGUUCAUUAGAGACUGUUGUUCUAACUGGUUAUCCAAUAUUGAGGGAAGCAUUCAUUGAUAAUUCUGAUACUUUUACAAGUAGAUUUCAAAGAGAGAAUGCUAGAUCGAUUAAUGGAUAUAAAGGAUUAAUCAAUUCCAAUGGUGAUUAUCAUAAAAAUUUAAAAUCUGUAAUACUUUCAGAAAUGACUGCAACUAAAAUUAAAAAAAUGGAGUCUCACAUUAACCAAGAAUCAAAAAGGUUAUGUGAAUUAUUAGAUCAACAUGCUAAACAGGGUACUCCAUUCACAAUGAAUAAAUAUUUAAAUUUAUUUUCAAUUAAUAUCAUUCUCAGAUUCUUAUUUGGUGUGAAUUACCCAUACACUGAAUUGGAUGAUGGCAGUUCAUCAAUCAUUCAAGUGAUUCAACAAUUUUUAAAACUUGUUAGUCAACCCUCCAUUACAACUUAUUUUCCAAUUUUAUCACCAUUUAUGAAUGAUAGAUCAAAAGAGUUUUAUGAUAUUCAUAAGUUACUUUCAAAUCAUAUUAUAAAUUUAAUUGAAAGAUAUAAAGAUUCAAAGCAACAUCAACAACAAGAGCAAGAGCCAAUUGACGGUGCCACUGAGCCUACUGUUACAAUUUUAGAUAAAUUAUUAAUUGAAGUUGAAAAUAAUAGAAUCACUCAAAAUGCUUUAAUUAGUAUUUGUAUUGAUGUUUUAAUUGCAGGAACUGAUACAGUUGGUCAAACCUUAUCAUUUGCAAUUGUGGCACUUGUUAAUAAUGCAGAGAUUCAAGAGAAAUUAAGUAGAAAUAUCAUUGACUCAAUGGAGAAGGGUGAUAAUCAUUAUUCGUAUAGUAAAUAUCGUAAUGGAAUUCCAUAUUUGGCAUUGGUUGUUAAAGAAGUUUUUAGAAUGUAUCCAGCUGGUAUUUUAGGUUUACCUCAUAUGACUUCUGAGGAUUGUGAGAUUCAAGGUCAUAAAAUUGCAAAGGGUACUCAAAUCAUUCAAAAUAUUUACUCUACUCAUCGUAGUGAAUCUUUUUGGCCAAAUCCAAAUAAUUUCAUACCAGAAAGACAUAUUCAAAAUGAUGUUUCUAAAAGUGUUCAUUUCGCUGUUGGUACUAGAAAUUGUAUGGGUAUGAGUUUAAGUGAGGCUGAAGUUCAUACUGCUAUGGCUGAAUUAUUUGGUAAUUUCAAAUUUACAAAUCCAUCAAAUAUACCACUCAAUGAUCAAGGAACUUUUUCUGUUGCUUUAAAUUGUCCUGAUUUCUUUGUAAAAAUUGAAAGAAGAAAUUAA